AUGACUCAUCAUCCCUCACAGCAAUCUUUCACUUCUUCACCUUCACCUUCACCAUCACCAUCACCAUUUACAAACCAUCAAACCAACCAUGAGAACUCAACCACACCUACUUCAUCAACUCAUAACAAAUCAGCUGUACCUAACUUACCCAAUUCAAGUGUAACAGUCAAAUCACCACCAUUACCAAUCAUUCCAUCGGAAUUAUUACAAGCACUCUCGAGACCACCGAUCAAGAAAUCAUCGAAUCCAACCAUCGAAUCAAGUGAUCUACAACAUUCUAAAUCAAACAAACUAUUGAAUAAACUAAUACCAAACCAACCAUCUACAAAUCAACAUCGAAUUCCAAAUGAACUUGAUCUAAACUCUUCAACUUCAACUCAUCAACUCACUUUACCUGAAUUCACUCCAGUUUCAACGGAUUUCCAUCUAGUAGAUUAUGAACCAUCUGAUCAAACUACAAUCAAGACUGAUUCAAACUCACAACAAGAUCUCAUUCAUCAUAAUCUGAACAUGAAACAUCAAGCUAGUCAGUCUUCUUUCACUCUCUUACCAUCUACUUCUCAACAACAACAGUCUUCUUCCAAUCAAUCAUCAAAACAAUUCCCUCAAUUUCCUUUGUCAGAUCAAUCCGAUCAACAAACAACCGCAUUUCAGUCAAAUCAGACCAUGCCACAUACCCCUAAACAGAGAGAGACGAUUUGGAAUAAGAUUGGUUUCACUCACACUCCAUUCGGUGGUACUGCAACUUCAACUUCAACUGGUAGCAAGAAACUCACUCUCAAACAACAACAACAUCAUCUAGCUGAUAUUCCAAUCGAUAAUAAGUUUCGUGAUCCAAACCAUCCUCAUAGUGCUAGUCCACUCUCUUCCAACUAUUCUUCACUUGCUUCGACUUCAGCUGCUCGAACUCGGGCUAGUUUCUCAUUAGAUCAGUACAUUCAAUCUCAUCUCUCCUCUAGCCAUCAGCAUCAACAAAACGAUGGAAAACACCCUAGACUAUCAUCUCAACGCAAGAGCUCAAUCAAAGAUCCAAAUCAGAACAUUAACAAAUCCAAACCAUCGGAAUCUUCUUUGACCUCUUCGAAACACCCGUCUAGUAAAAGCACUGAUCAUUUAUUCGAAUCAUCCACACUCUCAUCCCCUCAACUUGCAACUCAAUCUUCUAUUCAUUCAGUCCAACAUUCACAACAGUCUUCAAUCGAUCAUAAAUCUAAUCAUCACCAGAACUCGUCACAGGUUGGGAAUAGUCAACCAGAUUGGUCAUCUACAAACUCAAUCCAGAAUCAUCAAGAUGACAUUCUAGAAGAAGAUAUCGACGAAGUACCAUGGCCAAGGCAUGAAAACUUUACUCAUCACCUUCAUGCAAGUCAUCGACGUAACAAUCAUUUGAAAGAUCAACCACAUGCUCGUCGUAUGCAUCUAUCCAGUACCGGUUCAGCUGAUUCACCACAUAUCGGACAAUAUUUGCAACGCGACCAUCCAUCAGCGUCUACCUCAAACCGUAAUCCUCCUCGAUUACCUUCUUCCAAGAUUGUGAACCGAUUAUCACCCGAUCUAUCAUCUUCUUCUUCCAAUUCACUACCAUUUCGAAUCGGAAAAGGUGUACAACAACCCUCGUUUGAUCGACCAAAUAAUAGUCUCAGGAAUCGACGUAUUCUUGAUCCUCUUGAAAUGAGAUUCAAAGCUAUCACUGACCCGAUCAUCAAAAGCACUCCUACCACAGGUCAAAGUACAGGAUCGAGUCUGUAUCAUAACGCAUUAGAUGCACCACAUACCGCUCCCAUCGGUGGUUUCCCUGACCCUGUCACUGCUUCCUCGACUUCGACUUCGGCUACUGCUAACCUCACCUCACCUGGCUCUGAAAAAACUGAUCAAAAUAGAUCACCCAGGGCUCGAAGUCUCAGUGAUACACUUGUUCGCCGAGCCAAACAACCUCAUCUUGAUGAUCUUGGUUCAAUCGAUUCUCAUCACCUUGAUAUUUUCAAUGGUACUCUUAAGAAUCCUUCUGCCUUGAGUAACCCGCCACUCAGUGACAAACAGGAAGUCAAAGUCGGAUCUGAUGGUGAUAAUGAUGAUGAUCUUUAUUUUGUUGACACGCCAGCUUCUAGAGCCGCACUAGCUUCGAAAGCCGAUUUCACGAUUGGUGUGGCUGGGCCAAAGGGCGUAGGGAAAUCUACGAUCAUCACACGUGCCUUGAGAAAACCCGUGACAAACUCGGUCACUUUAUACUCGGAUCUCCAAGCUAAUAAAAUCAUCUCAUACGUAUCACAAGUGUCGAAUGGAACCGCAGGAGCAAGUAGGACUGUACAAGUCUUGGAGGUGGAUCAAUUGAUCCUUUCUGAACAGUUUAUUAAAAAAGACCAUAAGAAAGAAGGUAUGAUUUGGCCAAAGAGGUUACCUUCUCUCGACGGAAUUCUACUCUGUUAUGAUGCAAUGGAUCCUACUGCGUUGGAUCAUCUACGACCUCUUUUACAUUCAUUUUGGACCAGAGGAGGGAUCUCAUUGAUCGUCUUGGCUUGUAAGUCAAACAAAGAUGAGAAGCUCAAUCUAACUUCACCAAUCAAGGCUGCGGAACUUGUUAAUGUCUAUGGAACUGGGAUGAUCCAGCUCGAUGGAGGUUUGGAAGAUCCGGGGAAGAAGAUGAGGAAUUCAUUUAAUUGGAUCAUGAAAGCGAUCAGAGAAGCUAGAGGUGAACCGCGGUCUUACAGUAGUGCAUCGACUCAUAUCUUAGACUCUGGUAGUCAUCAUGAUGAGGAACACGUUCGAACUUCGUCCGAUUCAGUCACUCGAUCUCAAUCAUCGGAUCUUUCACCCCCACCACCCAAACUCAAGGCUGAUGGAGAAGUGAAGAUGAGUGAUCAAAAUCAGUCAGACGAAAAUGAAAACACAGGAGAGAUCAAUGAGAAGGAUCCAAAUGAGAAUGAUGAGAAUCAAGCAACAACAGCAAGUUUUGGUGCGAUGUCUAGUGAUGCUACUAGUCGUCAUGCUGCUCAGAAAGCCAUUGUCAUGAGCCAACGUGGAUCCGAGAUGGACUUGCAUUUAGAUAAACAAACGAUUAUUGAUAAGUUUGUUUUUGCUACUGUCAGUGGAAAUGAACCAAGUUUUGUAGAUCAUUUCUUGAUUGUCUUUAGAAGGUUUUCUACACCUUUUGAUGUUUUGAGCGCUUUGAUCAAUCGAUUUGAAUUUGUUUCUUAUCAUCUUGAAGAUGAUCCUCUUUUGACUCGUUAUGCACAAAUGAAUACUUUAUCACCUUCCAAUACUAGAUUAGAAGAAGAUGAAGAAGAUGAUUCAGAUGUGAUUCUUCAACAACAACAACAACAACAACAACAAGAUGAAACGUCUAGACAUUCGAUUAAUAAUAAUCAAGAUACUCAAUCUUCGUUUGGAUUGAAAUCUCAAACUACUGGUGCUGGUUCAUCUUCGAUUGGAUUAGAUUCGAAAGCUGAAAACAAAUCGUUGUUGGAUUGUUCUAAUCAAAUCUUAAGUUUGUCGGAUGAAGCUUUAGCAUUACAAAUCACUAGACUUGAAUGGGAUAUCUUUGCUGAAAUGAAGCCAAGACAUUUGAUUAGAUAUGUUUUGGCUCCUAGAGAUCCUAAGAAUCCUAGGGUGGCUUUAAGAGAUCCUUAUUCACCUAUCGCUCGUUCUACUGAUUAUUUAAAUCAUCUUGCUGCUUGGGCAAGUUCGAUGAUUUUGAUUCAAGAUAAAUUGAAAUCUAGAGCAAGAGUUUUGUUAAAGUUGAUGAAAGUGGCAUACGAAUUAAGAGAUAUGGAUGAUUUUCAUUCAUUGAUGGGAGUCUUGGCUGGAAUCGAAGCUCAACCGGUUUAUAGAUUAGAAGCUACCUUUGAGAUCGUCCAACAUAUGGAUUUACAAUCUUAUCGUCGAUACCUUUCUUUAAAACGAUUAAUGAGUUCACAAAGAUCGUUUUCGGCUUAUAGAUUAGCAAGACAAACUGCUUCUGCACAAUGUGUACCUUAUCUUGGUACUUAUUUACAAGAUAUCACAGCUGUUAAUGAAGUUAAAGAUGAUAUGAGAGAUGGGAAAGUGAAUUGGACUAAGUUUGGACAGAUUGCAAAGGCUUGUGCGAAUGUGAUUGAGUGUGGGAAAUUAGCACCGGAGAUUGAAGUGGAAGAUCGGAUUGAAGGAUUGAUUAUGAGAUCACCGAUCUUGAGUGAAGAUAGUCAAUAUGCUUUAUCGUAUAAAUGGAAACAUAGAGCAGGAGGAAAUGGGGUUAAGAAUAAUGGAACAAGUGGAGGAGGAGGUGGUGGUGGUGGUAGUAGUAGUCAUAAUAAUAGUAGUAGUACAGUUGUUCGAUCUAAAAUCAUGUCGACUCAUAGUACUACUACUUCACCUUUGAUUGGAGGAGGACAGGAGGAGGAGGGGGUGGGAUCAUGA